CUGGUCUCCCCGCUGGUUUGCCACGCCUCCCGUAAUACGUCACGGCUGAUGAUGUCACACCCCCUCCUUGUCCUCUUCAGUCCUGGAGCCAAACAACAUCAUCAGACCCAUCAGACCUCCACGAGUGUUCUUUCUUUCUCUCCCUCUCCUCUUCUUGUUUUGCGUGCUACUUCUGGGACCGUUUGGGGGAAGCGUGGUCUGGCUGGAGAGCCGGGUAGCAAGCUGGAGGACCUGGACGUGGAAUUCUUUUUGGUUUUUCCCCUACGUAUAGGAUAAGCUUGUUGGGUGGUCUCCGCUCACGCUCCUCUGCUUUCUUUGUGGAUGUCAUGCGAAUCAGCGGCUUCGAUUUUUUUUCACUUUCAUCCUAAGUGGUGGUGACAAGGAAAAAUAAGAAAAAAAGAGUGAGGAGGGGGGGGAAGUUUAUGACGGACAUGGCGAUGGUGGCGUGGAGGAACCCCGAGGAGGGAACGCUCUCUUCUCCAGUGUCGCACGUUGCUCCCUUGGCUCUGCCAGUCCACAUGAACCCACCGCCGGCCUCCCUGGAGAUGCCCCCCGCUGCAGGACCACCCACCACCGCCACCAACACAACCAACAACAACAAUAGCUCUUCUUCGUCGUCUUCGUCAUCGUCGGACAAGCAGGCGAGCGUGCACAUCGAGUGCAUCGUGUGCGGCGAUAAGUCCAGCGGGAAGCACUACGGCCAGUUCACCUGCGAGGGCUGCAAAAGCUUCUUCAAGCGCAGCGUGCGCCGCAACUUGAGCUACACCUGCCGGGCCAGCCGAACCUGUCCCGUCGACCAGCACCACCGCAACCAGUGCCAGUAUUGCCGUCUCAAGAAGUGCCUCAAAGUGGGCAUGCGGAGGGAAGCGGUGCAGCGAGGCCGGCUCCCCCCGGCGCAGUCCUUCCACGGCCAGUUCUCCCUGAGCACGGGGGAGCCCCUGCAGUGCCACUCGUACCUGUCGGGCUACAUCUCGCUGCUGCUGCGGGCCGAGCCGUACGCCACGUCGCGCUUCGGCUCGCAGUGCCUGCCGGGUGGCGGCGCAGUGGGCAUCGAGAACAUCUGCGAGCUGGCGGCACGCAUGCUGUUCAGCGCCGUGGAGUGGGCCCGCAACAUCCCCUUCUUCCCCGACCUGCAGGUUUCCGACCAGGUGGCUCUGCUGCGGCUCACCUGGAGCGAGCUGUUCGUGCUCAACGCGGCGCAGUGCGCCAUGCCAGUGCACGUGGCGCCGCUGCUGGCCGCCGCCGGCCUGCACGCAGCCCCCAUGUCGGCCGAGCGCGUGGUGGCCUUCAUGGACCACAUCCGGGUCUUUCAGGAGCAGGUGGAGAAGCUCAAGACGCUGCACGUGGACUCGGCCGAGUACUCGUGCCUCAAGGCCGUCGUGCUGUUCACCACAGAUGCAUGCGGCCUGUCGGACGCGACGCACGUGGAGGGUCUUCAGGAGAAGUCCCAGUGUGCACUGGAGGAAUACGUGCGCAGCCAGUACCCGAACCAGCCCAGUCGCUUCGGCCGCCUGCUGCUGCGCCUGCCGUCUUUGCGCUCCGUGUCGUCGGCCGUCAUCGAGCAGCUCUUCUUUGUGCGACUGGUGGGCAAGACGCCCAUCGAAACGCUCAUCCGCGACAUGCUGCUGUCGGGCAGCAGCUUCAACUGGCCUUACGUGCCCGUCCAGUAGCGCCCCCUGUGGCCGGGGCGGGGGCGGCGGAGCUGAGGCAAAAUGGUCUUCUCCUGGACGGGCUUGCACAGCUCCAGACAUGACAUUGGGGAAACACGAUAUCGAUCUAACGUGCACACCAAAUGCUAAUUUGUGGCCGCAAAAUACUGCUUUCAACCCCACGCUAAUUUGCUUCUCACAAAUGUAGCUUUUUUUUCUCGGUGUUUUCCCCUAUUUGCUGAAACAUUCACCUAUACACAUCUUUCUGUGUAUUUUGCAUUUUUUCUGUAGCGCCCCAGGAUGCCAUAAAAGAGUGCCAAAGCUAGUGCGAAGAGAACAGUACAAACAAGACACAGAUCUGAUCAGGGACGCUCUGUGCUGCCACCGUAAAUACUCCAAAAUAGCUCAGCAUACAUAGUCGUACUUUAUUCCGUUUUUUUCCCUGAUAUUUGUUAAUAGUUUUUUUUUGGGGGGGGGUGGCUGUUGGUUGCAUCCACUACCUACACACCCACUCAUUUUCAAUACAAUGAGUGUUUAUUAGCGUUUUGGGACGAAUUUUUUUGGUUUAAUAGUUUUUUUUAUCCCCCCAAUCCAUUUCAAGGGGCAUCAAUUAUGCACAAAUUUGGGAUAUUCGUGGGCCAGGGCCACUUUCAAUCCCCUGUGUACAGUGACAGUCGUCUCGACAAUAAAUACAGAAGAUGUUUGAAUAGUUUGGAUAGAUUGAUCCAUCUUUUGAUCAGACACGUGAUCGGCUCCAAAAUCCUGAUCGUGUAAAAUCCUGAUAACUGGUAUCGAGGAAGUAAAGUGAAUCAAUGUUUCCUAUUCAUUAAUUUGCAUUUGUCAUGGGACUUAUCCCCAGAUAAUCACUAAACAAAACUCACCUAUUUGCCGUUUUGGGGAUCUUUCGGUAACACGCCAAGUUGUCACAAGAUGGCGCCAAAGUGAUGGCUAAUAGUAAAGUCAUUCUUGGCGUCAAGGAAAUAUGUUGUAAGUAUACGAUAAGAUCUACCGUAUGCUCCCUUUGUAAUUUGUGGCUACAAAAAUUGCAGGUAUAGCGUGCGCAUAAAAUAUUAAUUUGCUUAAUAAGUCAUGGGGGUAAGCAAAUGGAGCACACCUUAACCUCUAUCUUAUGUCUCAAGACAAGGUGCACUCGAUUUGACUCCCCAACUCUCCAGGAAUGAGAUGAAUAUCAUUCAUGUAUUUUGCGUGCACAUUAUGCCUACUUCAUGUACUUUGUGUGCACAUUCCAUCUAUAUUGUGGCGAAAAUGACACCCUCCGCACCCCUGUCAUGUCUGUGGCUCCGAACAAAGUUUUUCUUUUUGAGAUUACCGGACAUUUUUUGCAGUGUUGUAAAAGAUGUAUUGCCCCCCCGUGUGUGUAUAUUUAUCAUAGUUGUCAUUUAAAAAAAACAUGUUUUUAAAAGGGAGCAGGGCUUUUUCAAGAUAUUUGUUGUGGUUUUGUCAAUAUUUUCUUUCUUUUUUUUUUUUAAAUAUCCAGACAUGGCACUUUUUUUCUGUUAAGGACUAAACAAAAUAAAAGUACAAUUUCACACAAAAAGCACGCACAACCUUUGUGCUCAUGUUUGCUAUAUAUUAGCUUGACUGUCAGCAAGAAUGCAUCAGUAAUGUCAUUACUUUUUUAAAUAGCCAGU